UAUACACAUUAACACUGCACACAUACACAGUAAAAGUUUCAAAUUUCAGAAUCUAGUAAAAAAAAAAAAAAAAAAAAAAACAAACAAACAUAAAAAUAUAAAAAAAUAGGAGAUGAAUAGGCAGAUAAAUGACAAAAAAUAUGCGACUAACCGGGAGGCCAUUCGUAUGGCCCAGAUAGAUUUCUCGUCGCUGCGGCCCACACUCAUUGAGCUUGUAAUGGCAAUGAUGAGAGAAGCGUUCGAGCGCGUCAAGAUCUCAUUGAUAUUGCCAAAGCUGAUUCAGGAUCGCGCGAUGGUUAAGAACGUGCUGACCGGCACGCAAUACGAGCCGGCAAUAAAGCUGAUAGACGAUUUCCUGCGACGACGCGAUAUCAUCUUGAGGGAGCAGCGACAGCCACUGAUGGAUCACGGCAUGAUCCAAAUCAUCGAUUACUUUCAGCGGAACAUGCAGAUCUACACUCUGUUCCCCGGAUUGAUAAACGCCCUGUCCAAAAGGGAGAGCGCUCUAUUGAUGACCUUCGCUAAGCUGCUCAAGGUGGCCGAAACCCAUUUGAAUCGGGAUGCUUAUGAGCAGAUAGCGCACGAACGUCACCUGCAGAAAGUACUAAAGGAGAAGCAGAAACUCUGGGAGGAAAUACAAAAAUUUCAGAAUGUGAUUGAAAAACACAACAUCGAGGAGAGUGAUAAAGCACUCGCCAAGGAGCAAUACGUGGGAAAACUUAUGGAAGAGAGAAGACAGAAAAAACUGCGGGACGACAUGAAAAUCGAACGUGAAAUUGAGGUCUCACGUCGAGCUAUGCGAGCCAAUGCCAAGGCCAGCCGAGAUAAGCAAAUCGAACUGGCUGACGAACUGAUGAAAGUGAGAUACGAAGAUGCCAAACUAACAAAGGACAGCAAGAAAGCUGAAAAGGAAGCUCGCGAGGAAAAGAACAAAUUCGAAAUACAACUGCAGAGCAUUAUUAAGAAAUACGAUACGAUGAUGAUUGAAAAAUUUGCCGAGAAUCUGGAGCUGACGGACAAACUGAAUGAGGCACAGAAGAAACUCGACGAGUAUAAGGUUACCUAUCGCAAAGAGCAGCGCAUCUACAAUGAGAUCGUGGCCAAGCGCGAGAAGGAAGAGGAGCGCAGGAAGCAAGAGAUGAUCAUCAGAUAUAUGAUGAAUCGGGCUGCUCGCAAAAUCCAAAAGUAUUGGCGCGCAUGGCGCAAGAGUCUCAAGAAGAAGAACAAGGGUGCGAAAAAGCCGUCUACUUCUGCUGCUGUAGAUGUAAAUAAUUAGAGAAAGACAAGUUUAGACAUGUCUCAUUCCGUCAUUCAAUUAGAAAAGGGACUCUGUGAUUAUCAGAGACAGAAUUACGAACAUUUCUCUUUAUAAAAGUCUCCCGAGCGCAUUUGUCGCAAAGCUCAGCUGAAAAGAGGGAAAAUUGAAAAUAGUUAAUGCAUAGGCUUUAAAUAUAUGAUUCGGAAAAUUAAAGAGCUCAAGAAAGUUAAUUUAAGUUGAGUGAGUAAUAGGCUUGGGCUCUUGGGAAUUCAAGUAUGUAAAUAAAAAUCUAUGAAUAUUAA